CUCUUUUUUCUCUCCCAAUUCUUAAUUUUUUUCUCAUCUUCUUUCUUCAACAAUGGCAGAAUCAAAGACAAAAUUUGCAGAAGUCAGGGAAUGGAUCGUCGAACACAAGCUUCGUACCGUUGGUUGCUUAUGGCUUAGUGGUAUCUCUGGUUCAAUCGCCUAUAACUGGUCAAAACCUGCCAUGAAAACCAGUGUCAGAAUCAUCCACGCUAGGUUGCAUGCUCAGGCGCUGACAUUAGCCGCUCUGGCUGGAGCAGCCGCAGUGGAGUACUAUGAUCACAAAUCUGGAGCCACUGAUCGAAUCCCAAAAUUUCUGAAGCCUGAUAACUUAAAUAAGGACUAGAAACCCUUACCAUGGCUCAUGCCUAUUCUGUUAUUGUAGGCAUAUUUUAGCUAAUGAAAACAUCAUGUUUUG